CACUCUAUGUUUGUUGCUGCUUACUUGUGUAUUCUUUGUCUUCCUCCUUUUAACAUUGUAUUGUUAUUGAAAUGAAUUUUCAUAAUAAUUAACUUUUACGUAAUAAUAUCUUGUCAUUUAAAGCUCGAAUUAUUAAUAAAACAGUAAAAAUGUCACAGCAGUUAAUAAAUGAGAACAGUAAAUAUAUAUUAGAUUUAUUUUCGGAACAGACUGUGGAUUCGCAAGGCUUAGAUUCUAUAAGUGCCCAAGUCCAAAAGCGGUUUCCAAAAUCAGAACAUUUUAACGUAUGUCUGGUAUUGUCGUCCCUCAUAACUGGUGGUGACCUCUCGCUCCCCGGCCAACGUGUGGUCGCACUAGCACUCCUGUUUGAUAUGUACAAACAGGAAAACCCAUUCUGCUCAGUGUUCCUGCACCUGCUGGAAAGCAGGCCUGGCUUGCAGCCACUGACACCACAAGAGCGGCUGUUCCUCGGUCAGAUUCAUGGAUUCAUACCUGUGAAUGUUAAGGAUGUGAUGAAGAAAUCGGCAAAACAAGUGAUGAUGACUGAGGUUACCGCCAAAGAUCUAGACUUUGAUUACUCGUCGUUGCAAGCCAUCGUGACUGAUCGCAUCGCGGAGAUGACAGCAAUGGCGCGGGCCACUGUGCCCGCUCUCGUGCCCCUCAGUGAUGGGAGCCCGCCGAACCGCUUGGCCCUGAAGGAGCUGCUAGAGGCGAUGAUGUCGAGCGAGUACGCGCCGCUGCACCGCACGCUGCGGGCGGCCGGGCCCGUGCCGCCGCCGCCCUUCCUGCUGCAGCCGGACCAGAUACCCUUCUCUGAUGAGGCUGUAUGGAAGAACUUGGUGAACCGAGGCGUGUACACUCCCGUGUACGACACGGACUGCGAGGGGCUCAUCGGAGCUAAAUUAGAGCGGACAGACAGACGGACGCAUGUUCAACCACAACACAAGAAUAAGAAUCAGGAGGAGAAAAAAGAAAAACCCGAAGAGAAGAAGACUGAAGAGAAAGAGCCCGUCGUCAACACCACGAUUGAAGCGAGGGAACUAACACAGAUGGCGCUGAAGAACCCACUGAGUAUGAUGCAGCAACAGCGGCUCCUGUCACUGCUGGACCAGGACCCCAAGGUGGUUUAUGAUAUUGGGGUCACGCCCGCUCAGCUGCCAGAGCUGGUGGAGAACAACCCGAUGGUGGCGAUAUCCGUGCUGCUGAAGCUGAUCCACUCGCAGCACAUCACGGAGUACUUCAGCGUACUCGUCAACAUGGAGAUGUCGCUGCACUCCAUGGAGGUGGUCAACAGGCUGACUACGACGGUGGACCUGCCGGUGGACUUCGUGCACCUGUACAUUAGCAACUGCAUCUCUACAUGCGAGACGAUCCGCGAUCGGUACAUGCAGAACCGGCUCGUGCGGCUCGUGUGCGUCUUCCUGCAGUCGCUCAUCAGGAACAAAAUCAUCAACGUCAAGGAGCUAUUCAUAGAAGUGGAAGCGUUCUGCAUCGAGUUCAGUCGUAUUAGGGAGGCAGCGGCGCUGUUCAGGCUGCUCAAACAGCUCGAAACCGGCGAAGCGAUGGCCCACAAGGACGCCAAGGAGAACUGAAACCUGUCCACUGCGUGGGGCAGUGUCCGAUGUAAAGAAAUGUACAGAUCAUGGAUAAUAUGUACUUACUAUGUAAGAGCAGGUCAUAUGCAGACUGUUUUGUCACUUUACUGCGAAAACCAUAUUUUAAUUAUGAUCUAACGUGCCACUGUAGACUACGUAACACCCACGUGCUUAAGUACUUAUAGUUUGUUACAAAAGUUUAAAUGAAAAGUUGCCAAAUUUUGUAGAAAUCAUCACUCUAAAUGUUGACAGUGAACCUGUGAAUGUUUGUGACAAUUCGAAAUAUGCAAUCGAAGACAUGAAUGGUUGAAGGUAGUCAUUACAUAUCUUUCCGUUCCUCGCAGCCAACGGGGCUGUGAUUACUGGAUACUCGGUGAAGCAAAGUUACCUAUACGAUCUUAGAAUAUUCACUUAUAUCAUAUUUAUUUAUUUAUUUAUUUUUUGGAUAACGUACAGAUGAAUUACAGUCAAUACAUAAUCAAAUUUAUAUCUAUGUUAAGCCAUGAAUCGUUUUCACAUUUGCGUAAUGACAAUGAUCGGUUUUUAUAUAUGCAAAAUGCAUACAUACACACACAUACAUACACACACAUACAUACACACACAUACACAUACAUACACACACAUACACAUCAUCAUCACAUAUCAUCAUCAUCAUAACAGUCAUUGCCUGUCCACUGCUAAACGUAGGCUUUCCUCAUCGACUGCCAUAAGGAACGGUCCUGAGCUACUUGCAUCCGCUGACUUUCUGCAAUGCAUUCGAAGUAGCAAGUUGAAGUUGCUCCAUCUAGUGGGAGUCGUCCUACAUUGCGUUUACCCGUUCCAUCAUGGCUGUCUAUGGGAAGGCCUAUGUUUACCAGUGGACAGAUAGCAGUCGAUAAGAUGAUGCACAGAUGAAGGUCUUAUGUGCUUACUAACAACUAUAAGUUGUAAUAAUCGAGUUAAAAUAUAAUUGAAAUCAUUUAUUUUCUGGAUUAAGGUACAUUUUUAUAAGUGUUACUUUACAAGAAAAAUAGUCUAAUCUUAUUCUGGCACACUGUAGGCGUGCAAAUAUAAAAACUUAUUAAACAAAACAUUAAAAUAAUUUCAUUAUAAUAACAUAUAUACAUUUGCAAUAAUAUUUUGUCACUUUUUGUAUCUAUUCAUGUCAAUUCAUUGUAAUAUAAAACCAUUAAAAAUAUACACAACACGAAGUGAACACAUAUCUAAUCAUUUAUAAUUAUUUUAUCAUUUAAAAACUCAUUUACUGAGAAAUAAUAUAUUUAUAUGUAAUUAAACAACAACAUAAGUUAUGUAACAAAACAUAAGUUUUAUUUAUAUGUACACAGCAUUGUCUGUCAGCUUCACCCAUUCAUAGAAAAGCGAGAGGGAGACUGUACAAAAGUCGAUUGCUUUGGUACCUCUGUCCCAUUCGUGUUUCAACCGUGAAGCAGUUGUGUUUGCAUGGCUGUGUUUCGGUUUGAAGGGUGGGAUAUGGCGUGAGUUUACUGGGUAUGGAGAAGUAACACCUGAGUCCUCAGGAAUGGCAACGCAUGGGGGUAUCAUGGGCGAAGCAGUAUACUCUGUCAUGUUCAUGCUACUGCUCAUGUCUAUAGGCGACGGUUACCACUUUCCAUCAGGUGGGCCGUCAGCUUGUUUGUCAUUCUAAGUUGUAUAUAAAAAAAAAAUCUAAAAAUGCGACAUACCACCUUCAUCCAUUCAUGUCUUCAAUCAUUUUAAAGAUUUUUAACUUCUACUACUUUUGCACAUCAGCAGGCUCUCUAUGGUCAGGUACAAAUGUUAGUCUAUAUUUUCAUUAAUUUCUAUUAAAACAAACUGAUCGGCUACCAAAAAUAUGCUAAAUGGGCUAACCCUAGCCUACGAGGAGACUAAUAUCCUAAGUCGAAUGGGAAACUACGUGAUAUGAACGCAUAUCAAAUUUUACAAAAAAUGUAAACACCGUCCAAAGAAAUUUUUUAUAUGUAUAGAUUAAAGAAUUCCUUUGGUUUUUCAUAUAAAUCCGUUACAAGUGCCAACUCUAGCAUAAUUAUUUAAGUGGCACGUCAACCAGUCGUGACACCCCUAUUAAUAUUGGCAUUAUUCUACCCAGAUUGGUUAAAAAUAAUUCUAAUGAAACAAACUAUUUUUUUUUUGUUUCCGUUUUCCCUACGAAUAGAAGGAUAAAAGGACAAAGCCUAUACAGCCGUUCAGUAAGAAAAAAAAAUUAAAACAAUUUUUUGUAAUUUUUUUUUUGGCUUUCAUAGUGAUGUGACGAUUUUUUUUUUUUUGUAUAUUGUUACUUUAAGCAUAUGGCCAUCGACUGUGAUCUCAAAUUAUAAUAAUAAAACGAUUAAUAUGAAUUCUUAUAAAUAUAUUAGUAACUUAAUUACUCAAUUAGGAUCAAACAGCUGAACGGAUUUGAUUGAAAUUUUCAAAACAAAUAGACCAUAUUUUAACCCUUUGCACUCCGUUGUUGUCAUAUUUGCGAUAUUAAAAUGCUAAGAUUAAAUCCACUGUCGCGACUACAGCGACACGGUUGUUUUACUGACUCGGUGCCUUUAACACUUGAGUGAGUGAAAUCGUCUGUGUUUAUCCUAUAGUGUUUAUGAUAUGUUUAUGUUUUUUUUUUAUGUAUGAUAAUGGAAUGGUAACCCCGCCCGCGCUAUCGGUAUACACCGGCGGGGCACCAGUGGAGGAUUAUAGGUGAGGAUGAAGUAGGUCAGUUAGUCCAUCGUGAAGAAUUCAACAAGAAAUGUGCACGAUGGUUUCCAGGGGGAACCACGUGGAGGUCGACCUAAUAGGGUAUAUUGUUAGCAAUGGGGUUGUCAAACUCCAUCGCUAACAAUCCCUUUCCCCCCGAUAUGUGUACAUUUACAUUAUAAUAAGUUAUUAAUAAGUUAAUGAGUUAUUUGUAUCCUCUAUGAGUUACUUAGCUCGAGUGCAAAGGGAUAGAUUAACAUAUAGCAUAAUUUUAUAUUUUAAUUCACGCAGGCAUAGUCGCCAAACAAAGCUGGUGUAUAUAUAUUUGACUACCAGCUAUUAUGGCUAUAGGCAAUGUAGAAAGUCUAUGGACCUGACGUCGUCUAUGGGCCCAGCCAUUCUAGAGAUCUGGCAAACGAAUCUAAUUAAUAAUAUCGAUUCGGUCAACGAUCGCAUGAGAAAGAAAGACAGCACAUGUCAACUCAAUCUGUCUCAUGGACUCGCUAGCAAUUUAUUUUUUUAAUAUAAAAAUCUAGUUUUUUUUAAAAAUAAUUUACAUGCUAAACCACUUAUAAUAACAGACAAUAACAAAUUUUAAUUUCAUUAUUCAAUAACGAUUCUAUGGAUAGAAUCGAUUGCCAUUUGUCUAGAAGCAGAAGCCCUUUAGAAAAUUAAUUUAUAGUUUUAAGAUUCUGUGUAUAAUAAUAUUUUUUUAAGUAUGGAAUGUCAUUAAUACCUAAGUGGCUUAAACCGCCUCUGUGCGCGGUUAGAAAAGGACCAUAGACAUUCUAGAAUGUUGACAUAUCUCUAUGGUCCUUUCCUGAAUCUAUGAUUAUCUAUUAUAGCUAGCGGUAAACAACUUGAACAAAAUCAUAGACAAUGAGGCUUACAUACUAGAAUUUGUAUCUAAAAUUCGUAGGUAAUGCGCAGGUCACCUGAUAUUAAUGUACCGCCUUCAUAAAAACCUAUUUUAACUUAAUAAUUCGUUUUAUCACUAUUUCAAGUUGAGAAAUUAGCGCAAAAGAAAAAAGAUAACACCCAUCAAUGUUUAACAUAGGUUUCAAAGGUUGGACUAUUUUAUGAGUAAGAGAAAAUACUGUUUUAGUUAUUUGUCGGUAUGUACACGGUGGAAUCGAAAUUAUUGGAACCCUGUCACGAAUAAAUCUGAGUCCAUACUAAUUCUAAGAACAAGAAUUACAUAGAAGGAGUGAUAAACUUGUCAAUUCAUAGCAGGCUAGUGUAUAGAAAAUGUUAUACGGCCGUAUAACCCUAUCAAAUUCAGAUACAACCUGCUCACAUACUUUCUACAUAAACUGUGUCCAAUAUAUAAUCUAGUAAUGUAAAAUUUGUUAUUGACAAAUAAUUCACAUAUCUAACAUUUUCUAUACACUAUGAAUUGAGAAAAAUAGUAACUGAUGGUGUAUCUUUCUUCUUCUUUUUACUAAUUAUAUUUGCAUAAGAAGAAAGGAGGCAACCAUAUGAUUUACAGUUUUUAUUUUAUCAUUCCUUCUAUGACAUUCCUUGUUCUUAGUACUAAAUUGACAGCUGGUCCCGCCAUAUUUGUAUAAAAUACCUUUUUAUAAUAGAAGGCAAACUAGCAUGUAGCUGAUCUGAUGACAAGUAAAUAGCGCCGUCCAUUGGAACUGGAUCACUUUUCAUUUACUACGUCUGACCAUAAUAAUAAAAAAAAAAAAUCCUACGGUUCCACCAUGUUACAGCGUAUUCAAGACUAUGCGCCCAAUAUUGUAUUAUGCCUAUGUCUUGCCUAAUUGAAUAAAAAAGAUAAAACAUUAAACAGAAUUGUCGUGUAAUGAUUUGAUUUUAAAUAUAUAGCAAAUACUGCCAAAAUAAUCUUAUUUGUACAAACGUUAAUGCACCUGUAUGCAGUAUUCUUAUCUGUUUAUAUAAAUUUGCAUAUGAUUAAUUAUCUUUCCGUAUCAAAAAACUGAACUAGAAAUGUCAUUUUAAGAUGAUAACGGAAUUUUUGAAGAUGCAACUUUUAAGCAAGCUGAUGGCUUUUGAAAGUGUAACCGUCGCCUAUAGAUACACCCGAGUCCUUAGGAAUGGCAAUGCAUAGGGGGUAUCAAGUCUGAAACAGUAUAGUCUGUUAUGUCCAUGGCACUGCUCAUGUCUAUAGGCGACGGUUACCAUUUUCCAUCAGGUGGGCCGUCAGCUUGUUUGCCAUUCUAAGCUGUAUAAUAAAAAAAUAUGGUCGUCACAAAUUCACUGAGGUCCAUAGUACUUAUUCGUUGCCAAUUCUGAGUAUAUUGUGCCUCAGUACUGUUUGUAGUAUAGUUAACGUUUGUAGGAAUAGUGUUAUUAUAUUGUUUAUUAAUAAACAUUUCAAGUUA